AUGCGUCUGGAGAAACCAAGCGAAGGUAAACCGACUCACAACCAUGUUGACCGCUAUGUUCGAGCACCGACCGACGGUGCCUCGCCCCCGCCAUCAGAAGACUUACACCAUCCCGACUCCAUCAAGGUUCAGAUGCAAACCGAUAACAGCCAUCCACAGCGCGAAGCCAUGCCACACAACACAUACGUCUGGCCGUCCUGGACACAGGAAGAGCUUUCGACUGCUGGUGCGGGACCUUCAGGGUCCCAAUCAAACAACGCUGAGCAAGAGCUCAACGUCAUUCCGGCAGGCGCGUAUGUUGCGCGCAACCGCGAGGGACGCCAUGUCUCCCAAGACAUAGCUGGCUACAGUCAGCCCUAUGAUGCGCGCCUGCGCCUCAGAUCGUGCGAGGCGGGCUCGCUGCUCCCUGUCAUGUCUGCCCACCCCGACCCGUCGUUCUUCACCUCCCCCUUCCAGUUCCCCGCGACAAUCCCCUUCGCCCUACCAACAUGGGCAUCCACAUCGACGCCGGUACCGCAUGCGCGCGCACUGACUCCCACGUCCGUCCCUGACGUACAGAAAGGGUCGCUCAGCCCCUCCCCAGAAGGACUCCCAUUCCCCGUCAUCCCUGCCGCACCUCUCAACACCGCCGCACCCGUCACCCCUGCUGCGCCGGAUAUCGUCAUCUUCACCGCUACCCCCGCAGUAACCACCACCCCCGUCGUCCCCGCCACCGAUGUCAUCCCGAUGGAACGCGUCACACCGACGAAUGCCCAACGUUCGAAGUACUCGGCAUUGGAGGGCGCCGUGAGGCCCUUCACGGGUCCUUGGGUGGAUAUGGCGCGCACCGUCAUCGAGGCGCGACUCGACCCGCGGUGGGACCCAUCGGUCUUCCGGCGGGAGACGAGAAAGCGAGGGGUGGAUGCGCAGGAGCAGCCUUCGCCAAAGAGGGCAAGGGUGGAGGAAGGGAUGGAAGAGGCGAUUGCAGGGGUGAGAGCGGAGGGGGCCGUAAGUGCAGAUGAAGGGGAAAAUGGGAAGAUGAAGGCGAGGGAGCUCGACAGUGGAGCGGGGAGCGAGAGGAGUGAAGGGGCUUGGUCCAUGGAGAGCAGGUUCAGGCCCAUCGCGCCCAUGCCUUCGCCGGGGCCAGUCCAUGCAGCUGGAGGGCUGCACCCUAUACUUGUGGUCGUUCCACAGGUGAACGGCAACGCCCUCACACAACACAAUGAUACAUCAACAACGUCCACCCACAGGGUGGACAACCCCGCAGGUGAGUUCGUCGUCGAGCCUGUACCGCUGCCUAGCGGAGGGCCUUCGACAUCGACACCUGCGGAUGACCAAGACGAGGCUGGAGAGCCCGACGAUCACGAUCAAGACGGGCACCAGCACCAGCUCGGAGAUGAGUCCAACCUCAGCAAGCGUGAGGCCGCCGUCGUGAUCGACGAGAAGAUCUACGGCGGGGACCCACUGCGCUGCCUCGCGUGCAACAACAAGUCGUUUGCGCGCAAGUACGAUCGCAGACGGCACGUCGUCACCGUCCACUACCUCGGCAAGAUCCCAUGCGACUGGUGCGAUCUCUUCUUCUACGCACGCCGGGAUGGGGUCACUCGUCACAAGGACGAGAAUUGUCCAGCCAGGGACUUCGAGGAUCGGCACACCAACCCAAGGAGAUGGUUCAUGGCCUGGCUGACCGGAACGUGUCGUAGCAAGAUGAUUAUCCGCAGUCUUGCUUCUGUCUUGCUCGACUUGCUCGAACUAACAGGCGGGGGUGGACGGCUGAGCACCAGAAAAAUGGAGGGGACAGCCGAACCAAAAGAUAGUGUCAGGCUCCGGCGACCCGGCCGCGUCAAUGUGCAAGAAUUCAACAAAAGGCAGCAUCCCGCUACUCAGCUAGGAAGCCUCACGAUUGCGAGGGCGGGUGGACCGGCUGUGGUCUCGCCUGAUUGUCUCGCGUCAUGCAUAGCGGAAGCAGCACAGCUAAGCGAAGAGGAAGUCGACAAUAGGACUGUACCCGCAAACAUCGUGCAAGUGUCGCGGGGGGACGACCGAGUCUUGAAUACGCUGCUCCGGGCUGAAGAUUACUAUAUGGAGGUCGCGAAGGCGAGAAUGGGCACACAAGCGAGCGAGAGGGAAAAAAUGAAGGUCAACACCUGGGGAGCGAGAGAGGUGACCGGACUGAGCAGAAGCGACGGCUGGGAAGAAGAUGAUCUUGAACAACGGAUCCACAGAUGGCACAGAGAUAUUGUACACAAUGUUGACAUGAAGCUUGGAUGCCCUGUGAACCGAAGAGGCUCAGGCUUGAGUCUUGAACAGCGUCUUCGUUUGUGUGCUUCCAACGACGGGACAAUGUGGACACAAUAUAGCAAUGAUCAGAGCGAGGUCCAAGCUGGCACCGUUCGAAUGACAAGAUACGACGUGUAG